UACCAGAAGCGCUGCGUGCUUUGCUUUCGUGUUUUGGGCAACGAAAGUCAAAACUGAUUGAAUGCGCAGCAUUUCUUGAACGGUUUCGUCUCUGUCAGGUUAUUUUUAUGAGAUUAACACAUGAAAUGUCACCUCUUCUAGGUGUUGCCAUGUUUAUUUUGCUUUGAGCAGAGAUUAUGUUCAGGUUGCCCAGGUUUUUUAAUGUUGUACGCAGGACACUCUGUACGAGCGCAGAAGAAAUGGGCAAGAAAGGGACUUUCUUCUACGCUGUGAGAAACGGAUUCAGACCAGGAGUGUACAACACAUGGGAUGAAUGUAAACAACAGGUGGAUAAAUUUCCCUCUGCCAUUUUUAAGAAGUUUGCCACUGAAGAGGAUGCUUUGGCAUUUGUGACAAGUCAGGCAAAGGCGACAUGUACUGGAAGAUCAGAGGCAUUUGACCCCGAGGUCCUUCCUCCUCGAAACAUCCCUAGUUCCUCAAAAAUUGUUCCACUUGGAAGUAAAAGGACACGUGAAGACUUUGAGGAUGAGGGAGGAUCCAGAGGUAAACGAGUGAAGCUCAUUGAGCCCCCACAGCCAGCGGCAUCUGCUGUCAGUAGUGAUGGUUUCACUUAUAUGGGCGAUGCAGUUGUGGUGUACACUGAUGGCUGUUGUUCAGCCAAUGGGAAAAUAGGAGCUCGUGCUGGAAUUGGUGUAUACUGGGGUCGUGAUCAUUCUCUAAAUGUGGCUGAGAGGCUUCCAGGGAGACAGACCAACCAAAGAGCAGAAUUACAGGCAGCUUGCAAAGCACUCGAGCAAGCCAUAGAAAUGAAUUUUACAAAAGUUGUGUUGUACACAGACAGCAUGUUCACCAUCAACGGCAUCACAAGUUGGGUCAAGAACUGGAAGAUGAAUGGCUGGAAACUUAAAAGUGGGGGGAUCGUAAUCAAUAAAGAAGACUUUGAAAAGCUGGACAAACUAAACGCAAAACUUGACGUUGUUUGGAUGCACAUACGAGGUCAUGCUGGAUUUACAGGCAAUGAAGAGGCUGACAGAUUGUCCAGAGAGGGAGCAGCAAAGCCCCCAUGUUAGCAAUGUUAUCACCUUUAUGACAUAAAGUUAUUGUCAAGCCUGUAGUUUAUUUGUCUAAGCACUUUUUUUCUUGAUUUGUCGCUUUUACAAAUGCUAGUGUUGUAUUGUUGAAAAAAACAAGACAAACACAUUUUCUUCUUUUCUAAAGAGCAACGCUUGUACUAACUUUGGGUAUUUUAAUGUGUUUAUUUUUGAUUGUUAUAUCGAGGCAGUUGUCAUUUGUAUCGAUCCUGCGAUAGAUUCUAUGUAAUUAUUUCUCAUCACUCAGAAACUCUUUUACUUUGAAGCACUCAAAACAGUUUUUGGAUGUGUUACAAGCAACAAAAAUGACUGUACUCAGCGUGCUUGCCUCAGUUGUAAACAUGAACAUUAUUGUACCACUGUAAUUUGUUAUUGAUUCUUCUUUGUAGGUGCUGAAAAUUAGGGGUAUUUUUGCUCUUAUUUUUAGAGAGGCGUUUUGAAGUUGUUACUUGGUCAUUUCUUUGGAAAAAUACCAAAAGUGAAAAGCCUUAACAUGAACAGCAGGUGUCACUGCAGUUCAUGCUCAGUUUGGAUGGAAUAAAUAAAGACUAGAUCUUAUCUUUGCCAUAAAAUGG